AUGAUGGAUCGCAAAGGGGCAGAACCUCAAGCAGGGGAAAAGGAAAAACGCAUCCAGGAAGAAAUCCCAGUCAAUAGUGAUACGGCCAAUGGCAACGACCGCACGGGGCAGACCCCCACCGGACGUAGGCGGCAAUGGAAGGGAAGAAGAAACCGCAUCAGAUCCCCAUCCACCUGCCCAUCAGUAAACUCAUGCGACUCAGCCCAAAGUGACUACUCCUGCCAGUACCUAAACGCAGACAGCUAUGAAAAAAACGUGAGCCUAUGUAGGAAGUGCCUUUUUACCUACUUCGAAUUCAACAACGUAGCGAAUGUUAUUUAUAUGAGACACGGAGCUAGGACACCCAAAAAGAAGAUACAGAAUGUGUGGCCGUUCAAAGAAGGAAAGGGAGAUCUUACAUUCCUGGGGUUUCAGCAAUCUGUAAGAAUUGGAAAGUACCUCAGGAAAUAUUACUAUAGCAUGAGGAAGUUGAACUCCAUUUAUAAUGGCGGGGAGAGUGCGUCGAAUAUGUCGACUGAUGAGACGAACAGGAUGGGGAAAUCCACCCCUUGGGAUAAACGCAAUCAGCAUAAACUGAAGGAGCACAUGGGAAGAAGAGGAAAAAAUUUUAAGGAAACAAUAAAAUUAUUGGUGAGUAAAAAGUCCACCUGUGAUGAUCCCUGCAGGAUAUUACACAAGAGAGUGGCGCACAAAAUGAGGUGGACUCCAUUCUACCAGGAUGGAAAGAGGAAGGAACCCACCGUUCAGCGUGUCCGCACAAACGUGUGUGCAAAUUAUUGUAUGAAUAAGAAAAGGAAAAGGAGGAAACGGAAAAAAAAAAAAAAUGAGAAAGUUAUUAAUGUGGAUCAUUCGAUGGGGAACGAAGUGCCCAGUGAAGCUGCUCUUCGAUGUAUGCACCCUCUCGAUGGAGGCGCACCAAUUGGAUGUCUAAAUAAAGACGCCAUUGAUUAUGCACAGAGGGAAAAGGACAAAGUUUGCUCCACCUGCGAAGCGAAUUACCUGCAGAAACAACUCAAAAGAAGGAUCAACAUAGAGAAGCAAAAGCGCAAGUACGACAGAAUCGUGAAGACCAUAAAUAAUUAUUUGUGUGUAAAAACGACCAGCAACUAUGAUUUGUUGGACGGAGAUAUGAUUAGUGGAAGUGGGAUGCUCAGUGAUCACUUCCGCUCGGUGAGCGGCAAACGGGAGGACCGACUCCACCCCCUAUCCAUCCCACAGAAGCACCUCCCAAAUAGUAACAGCAUCCUUGAAAGGAGGAAGAGUUCGCUCCAUGCAGGGGGUAACUUUUUCUCGCAGCAAAAGGAUUCUUCGGUAGACACACAUGUGGCGGUAAGACCCGAUCCGGGCACCCACUUACUACCAGGGUGCCAUCCUUUAGGGUGUCUACAAGGGGGUAGUUACCACCAUGUCAAUUCUGCACCGAUUUUUCCCAAUCCGAUUUGCAAUUUUACUGAGAAGAAUUGUGAAGGGCACGUCCACACGGGUGAACACCAGCAGCUGAGGGAAGUUGCUCAGAAUUGCAUCACUCAUUCAGGUGAAAGUGGCAGCCCCGAUCGGGUGCGAUACCAUUCCCAUUGGAUAGGAAGCAAUCCACGAGGGGAAGAAACGCCCAACGGUGGGAAGUGCCCCCAAAAUUUUUACUCACUUUUUGUAAACCCCCCCACAUGCCAAUGGGUUUCCUCCAUGGAGGCAUUCACCGAUGGGGGGAACACAGGAGGGUUUGAUAGAUGUGAAAAAAUGGGCGCAAAAAUGGACCUUAAAAUGGGCGUAAAAAUGGAUGAAGCGAAGUUACUCCUUGGUGUAACCAGCAACCGUGGUGUGGACGCCCCAAUUGUGGAAAAGAAACCGGAGGAUGAAUCUUACAAUAAUCGUCCAAACGGUCGUAAUGAAUCAUCGAACAGAGGAAGGGACGCACCCACUGGAGACGGUGCUAACUGGAAGGCAGAGAACGCUCAAAGCUAUAGUGACAGCGUGAACCCAAGUUGGGGCGUCCUUAAAAGGAGCCUUGCGAAGGGAGCAGCUCGAAAGGGAACAGACAAGUUCCGCCCGAGCAGUACCCUAAUCCAUAAUGUGAAAACUUUUUUCGAGUUUGUCCUAAGUGGAAGAUACAAUUCAGAACUUUUUUACGACAAGAUAAUGAAGGCCAAAGGUCGGAAUGAAAGGAAGUUGGAAAAGUCAUGCAUUUUUUUUAUAUUCGAAUGUUACAUGAGGUAUGUGCUGAGCGGUUGUCCCGGUUACGGGGGUCGCUUGGGGGACAUUCCCAGGAUGACUCACACCGACCGUGAUGGUGGGAUCUCUUCAGGGCAUCCUCAUGAAGGGUGCUUCGUAUCCCCCCCAUGCAUGGCCAAUUCGACGCCCCACCGGAUCUACCCCCGCAACUACCGUAGGAACCUGCUCUCCUACCUGCGUAACAUCUACGUUCUCUGUUCUGUGGUGAACGUAGCUGAGCGUAACUCACUCAUGCUGAAGACGCUGAAGUCGAAUAACCACUACAUAAAGAGGUUAAAGAAUCUCAUUUUCUACAACUCAAAUGUUUACAAGUUACUGAAUGAUUACUACAAAGAAGAAGUUUCCAUAGUUUAUCAGAUCACCAAGUGGAACAGCCGAACUUAUCUGAACAGGUCCGAACUGUUGCUAAGCGAACCGUGGGCGAACAUUACACAAAGCGACGUUACAGAGGACGAGUCGAAUUUAAAAAACAGAAUUGUAAAAAUAUUAAAAAAACACAACUCAGCUGUGUAUAAAAUUAAAAAAAAACUAAACAGGUCUAUCAUUUUGAAAGACCUGAGGAAGCUGAACUACUACUCAGUGGGUGUCUCCCCGAGGAAUGCGUCCACCUGUGAACAGAGAAAGUUGCUGCAAGAAAAAAUUAGAAGCAUGAGGAACCACUUAUUGUUUUAUAGGAAGAGGAAAAAUAUUAAAAUUAUUAAACAGUUUAUUAGUUCAUACCAUUCGUAUGUGUAUCACAAUGUGCGUCUUGUAUUAGACAUGCGGAAGGCUUACAGAAACGUGGAAGUUGAGUGUGGCUCCUCCAGUGGGAGUGUGCUUGGAGUGGCCACCCCUGAAGUGGGAAAGAAGGAACCCCCUACCGGAGGGGAAAGUCACACUAGAAAGGAACGUGCAUUCCGUGAGGUAAUAGAUCCUUCCAGAUGGUAUUAUAGUAUGCAAAAGGGAGGAGCACAAGAUGGGGCAGAGAAGUGGCCCCACCUGGGAAUGUCAAAGGGAUCUCUUGACCUGUGUGAACCAACACCUGAUGAUCCGUCUAAUGAUUCGCCAGACGACCCACCAGAUGGUCCGCCAGAUGACCCCCCUGACAACCCGCGUAGUGCCAAAAGGACCGAUGAAACCGCUGAAAAAAAGGAAAAAAACAAAGAGAAGAAUUUUUACAAAAAAAUUUACGAGUGCUACAAACACAUGUGCACGCUCGAGUAUAACAACAAGUACCUGUCAUGGCUCUGCAGUGGAAUGUCCUUAAUGGACGUGGUUAUAAAUUUCCUCAUAAGCGUCAGAGUAUAUGAAAAUUUCAACAGGGAAUUAGCAGCAACAGCCUGGGGGGGAGGGAAGAAAUUAUUCAUUCCGAAAAUUAUAGUCUACCUAACGCACCAGUCAUCCAUUCUGUCAUUCCAGUCGUGUGUGGGGGUUAAGAGGAGCUCCAUGAAGAUUCCUCCCUUCGGGGGGUUCCUCUCACUGGAGCUGGUGCACAUAAGGAAGAAGGGGGGGGACAAGCACAGGCAGACGUCUUCCAAGGUGAUCAGCCAAGUCACUACCAAGGUGAACGCGGCACAACAAAUGGAUAGUAAAACGAAAGGGCACCUGGAACAGUUGUGUGGUACCCACCCAUUGGGUGAUCUCCCCCUUAGCAACUCGCCCGAUGAACCAACCUCGCCAAGACAAAACCUACCAGUGACAGGCGAAACGAGAAGUGCAGACAGACAUAACGUCCAAACGUUUAUUCGAGAAAAUGACACGGCCAGCAUAUUCUGUUGUAAGGAGGACUGCGUGUGGAAGGUCAAACGUAGCCAACGCAACGCAGAUGGGAACAGCGCUGAUAGAACCUUCCGUACCACGACCAUGCAGACGAGGAAAAAAGGCGCACGCGAAGACAAAUACGAGAGCUACCUGCCCAAGUGCACCAACAAAAUUCAGAAUUUUAAAAAUUUAUUCAACGUCCUAUGUUACAGAGACAGCAACGUAGGCAGCAACAUCGAAACAUUGAUUCAGUUGUAUAAUGUGUGCCUCAGUGACAACUGUUCGUAUGUGGGAAACACAGAACUGAAGGGCGGACAGGAGGGACAGGGUAGAAGGAGGAGACACUUUUAUGGCUACUUUGUGAAAUUCACGUUUAAUCAUUACUUUCCACUUAAGCUGAAGAGGAAGAAGUGUAUAAAGAAGUGCAGGCGGGGAGGAAGGGAGGAAACGGGACAACUAAAUGGGUCAGUGAAGGAGGAACAUCAAGGGGAGGAAGAAAUCCAUUCAAAAGUGGAUACAGAGGAGGGAAAAAAAAGCAAGGAUCGCCAUACAAAUUGGGAAGAGAGAAAGGAAAAUCCACCUGGAGAGGUAACCAACAUGAAAAGAAAAAAACUACCUCCCCCCAAGGGGAAAGUUCUUCCCUCUGUAGUAGGGAGGAAAGAAAAACGGUUCGAUACAAAAGGGGAGAAACCUAAUUUAGAGACGCGAAAGUGUAGGAAAGAAACUUACCGAAGGGGUGAAUUCCCCAUGAAGAACACACACAACGCGGGAACAGAUCACCAGAGUGAUGACAGUCGAAAGGGAAAAAAACAACUCAGGAGAAACAAAAUAAUGCAACGACUUAACAUGAACAGCUUCACCUUUGAGUCCAAGCAUGACAAGUACAUGCACUACGUAUACAAUAGCAGUGACCUCAAGUAUGGGAAAAUCUACAGCAAGCUUAACAAAGAGAGCGAUUCUAAAUUUAGCACAAAGAAAAGUGUAGACAUAAAUAACAGGUUAAUGGAGAGGAGUAGGGUUAAGUUAAACGGAGGGGGUAGCUCAUUCUCCAGUGAAGAAAGUACACACGACGAAUUGGAGUUGCGGAAUUGGAAGUUCAAGUCCCUUGGUAGGGGUGAAGACGCAGGGGAGUACCAGGUGAAUAGUGUGAACUGCCCUAUGAAUGACCACCUCUACCAUUUAAGGACCAACGAAGUGGAUGUAUCCCAACAGAACUGCACACCCAUGGGGUACAGUAUCAAACUGUCCAAAAGGGGAAUGUCCUCUAAACUGUUAAAAAAUUGCAUAAUGGACGAAACGGAAAAGAGGAAAAGGAAGAAAAUGCAAAAAAUGCAGAAGACUAAACCAGGCUUUAAUAGAAAGAAGGACGAAAGUGAUAAGAGGAAUUACCAAAAUGAAAACAUCAUUUGUCUGGACUGCUUGAUUAGCUACUUGAGGCAGAUGCUCAGGGUGUAUGGGAACCCCGAGAUGUUGUGA